AUGCAAUACACCAUCACAUUCUUCCGACCUGAACAGUCCCAAAGUUCUUUCCGGCAGUCGUUCUCAAAUACUAUUCAACCUAGACCAAGCCCUGCACCAUUUCAAUUCAAUCGACCAACACGACCAACACCCGAUGUACGACGUCCAACGGCUGUGUCUGCUUUGAUCGAGAUGGCGCUGAGCGUUGUGCUGAUUGGAUACCAUAUUGCCGAAGUGAACGAUUUUACGCCUAUAUGA